AUGGGAGCUCCUGAAAACCCAGAGCUGCACACUUAUGAUGGAGAGUAUCGUGGAACUCCUUCAAAAGGAGAUGUACUUAUACCUGAUUGGUCCUACCGUUCUGCCACUAAGACCACUACAUACAUUGACAGAUGUGUAACGAAAUUCAUCUCAGCCCUACUUUGGGGUUGGUUCACGUACCACAUGUAUUACCAUUCAGGACAUAUUUUCGGACAUUGGUACAUGCCAUAUUUGCAUGAGUUCUCCGAUGAAGAGCUUGGUAUACUUCCUGAUUCGGCAGAAGAUCCGGAAUACUGGGGCAACCAUGGAAAGAAAUAUGGGACAUACCGUUAG